AUGGCCGAGGCUCAACAGCCACAGCAGCAGCAACAGCAGCAGCUCGGAGCCAUUGGCACCCCAUGCAGAUGCAAGCAACUGUUGCAGUUGCUGUUGCAGUUGCAAACGUACCUUGGGUCUCUCGAGACGGUUCUGUGGUAUGGUUCCCCUUUCAAACCACGAUUUGGACCUAUUCAGCGGCAGGCAAAGAAGAAGUUCUUCGUCAGACCGAAGACACGCUGCCGCUCAACCGAUGAGCGACAGCGUGACUUAGGUUUGACGAAGAACAACUUCUUUGACUUGCAGCAGCUGCAGCAGAUUCUGGCCGGGAUUAGAUGCAGGCGAAGGGUCCGCACGUCCAGGGCAACGCGACUUAGCCAUCCACUGGACUCCACCGCGUCUUUGGCAGACUAGCUUAAGGACUAAGACUAGACUAGACUAGACAAAAAAAAACUUUAGUGUAGUACAAAUUUACAAAAUUUAGAAAUUA